AUGCUCUUCAUUAUGGCGGAGCUCAGCUGGCAUGAAGAGCAAAUUGAUGCCGCCAUCGAUUUCUGGACCAGAGCGGUGGAAGUCGAUUUCACUGACUACGCUCGCGUGAUCAAGUGUCUCAAAUGCUACGCCGAGCGAGAGCGACAGUCGGACAUCAUUGCGAUUCUGAAAAAGAUGGACGAGAAAUCGACGGAGCAGCUGGACGGUCUAUCGGUACUGAUCGCUGCUGGCGGCCGUUCAAACGGAGCAGCUGGAAUUCGUCGUGUCGGCCUACGAGCGCUCAACUCAACACGUUGA